AACUUUGGUUUGAAGGAAGAAUGUCUCUUAAUCAAUCUGUAUAUCCUAAAGAAAGUGAAGAAAAGAAUUCAAAAGUUGUAGACCCCAAACUGUCGAAACUGUCGGAAGACAGUUUGUGCUUAGCAUCUCAAGAAGUUCUUCAGAAAGCUCAGCAAAGUGGGAGGUCAAAGUGUCUCCAAUGUGGUGGUUCCUGGAUGUUCUACUGCUACACAUGUUACGUCCCAGUUGAAAACGUACCUACUGAACAAAUUCCACUUGUGAAGCGACCACUGAAGAUUGACGUUAUUAAACAUCCAAAUGAAACAGAUGGCAAAAGUACAGCUAUACAUGCAAAGCUCUUAGCACCUGAGUUUGUAAAUAUAUACCCAUACCCUUGUAUUCCAGAAUAUGAAGACCAUCAAGUGGCACUUAUUUUUCCUGGACCAGAGUCUAUAUCAAUACAAGAUAUUUCUUUUCAUCUACAAAAACAAAUUCAAAGUAAAGCCAGAGGCAGAAAUGAUGACCCCAAGAAGCAGUUUUUUAAACGCAAGAAAACUGAAGAGCAGGAGAGCUGUGAGCUGAACGAGAGCAGAGGUGCAACACUGAAAAAAAAUAUCUUCAUAGACAGUACCUGGAACCAGACAAACAAAAUAUUCACUGAUGAGCGACUGCAAGGGUUAUUACAAGUUGAAUUGAAAACCAGAAACACUUGCUUUUGGCACCAUCAGAAAGGGAAGCCAGACACUUUCCUCUCCACAAUUGAAGCCAUUUAUUACUUUCUAGUGGACUACCACACUGAUGUAUUAAAAGAGAAAUAUGAAGGACAAUAUGACAAUCUGUUAUUUUUCUAUUAUUUUAUGUACCAGUUGAUAAAGAAUACCAAGUGCUCUGGAGGUAAGGAAGCAGCAAAACUUAUCCAUUAG